ACACCUCGCUAUGUCCCCUCAGGUCCUAUCUCUGUAUGGCCUGGUUUUUCCUAGGCUAUGAUUAUAUAGCGAGGAUUUUUAUAAUAUUGGAAUAAGAAGUAAUUGCUACAAACUAAUGAUUAAUGAUAUUCAUAUAUAAUCAUAUCUAAGAUCUAUAUCUGGUAUAACUAUUCUUGUUUUAUAUUUUAUUAUACUGGAACAGCUCGUGUCCUCUGUCUCUUGCCUUGGCACCUGGGUGGCUUGCCGCCCACAGGUCUGGAUCUGGACCCCUUUCCUGGAACAAUCUGACACAGAGGAAACGUCCAUGAAAGGUUGCAACUCCGGAGGGAAGACGACGGGACUUCCAGCUUGAUAGGCGGGGAUUGGAACCAAUGAAAGAGGUCUGCUGUGUAUGCUGCAGCCAAUAAUAGAGGCUGAAGGAAGUGACGUUUACGGAAGUAAGGCUUCCGUCGGAAAAGCUUGAUAAUUACCCAGCCCAACCAUUUCUCAGGUGCUUGCGAGGUGAUUAGCAGGCAAGGAUGUCGGAGCGAAAAGUGUUAAACAAAUACUACCCACCGGACUUUGACCCAUCAAAGAUCCCCAAACUCAAGCUCCCCAAAGACCGGCAGUAUGUGGUGCGGCUGAUGGCCCCCUUCAACAUGAGGUGUAAGACCUGCGGAGAAUACAUCUACAAGGGGAAGAAAUUCAACGCUCGGAAGGAGACAGUGCAGAACGAGGUCUACCUGGGUCUGCCCAUCUUCCGCUUUUACAUCAAGUGCACGCGCUGCCUGGCAGAGAUCACAUUCAAGACAGACCCUGAAAACACAGACUACACCAUGGAGCACGGAGCCACGCGGAAUUUCCAGGCUGAGAAGCUCCUGGAGGAGGAGGAGAAGAGGGUACAGAAGGAGCGGGAGGACGAGGAGCUGAACAACCCCAUGAAGGUGCUGGAGAACCGGACCAAGGAUUCCAAGCUGGAGAUGGAGGUGCUGGAGAAUCUCCAGGAGCUGAAAGACCUGAACCAGCGGCAGGCGCACGUGGACUUCGAGGCCAUGCUGCGGCAGCACCGCCUGUCAGAGGAGGAGCGGCGGAGGCAGGAGCAGGAGGAAGACGAGCAGGAGACCGCGGCCCUGUUGGAGGAAGCCAGAAAGCGAAGACUGCUGGAGGACUCCGACUCAGAGGAUGAGGCUGCUCCCACACCCCUGCAGCCAGCCCUUCGGCCCAACCCCACCGCCAUCCUGGACGAGGCCCCAAAGCCCAAGAGGAAGGUGGAGGUCUGGGAGCAGAGCGUUGGCAGCCUGGGCAGCCGGCCCCCUCUGUCGAGGCUGGUCGUGGUGAAGAAGGCAAAGGCCGAGCCGGACUGCAGCAACGGGCAGCCUCAGGCGGCCCCCGCCCCAGGAGCCCCGCAGAACAGGAAGGAGGCUGACCCUGCACCCCUGACGCCUGGCGCGUCCUCCCUGAGCCAGCUGGGUGCGUACCUGGACAGUGACGACAGCAACGGCAGCAACUGAGCCCUCCCAGGACCCCUCACCAGGUCAAGGUCACACGCCCAGCCUCAGCCACAUUGAGGCCAGCAUUGCUGGUGGUCAGGGCAGGAGGCCUUGGCAUGACCAGAGACCAGACAGACAAGCGCCAGCGUGCUCCAAGCUCAUAGGGCCAACAGGGGCCUCAGCCCCAGGAGGUCGCUUCUCUGUGCCCUCACCAGCCUCUCAACACCUCGGGGACCCCUGCUGCUCCUGCCCCCACCUGUCACUGUGCUUAGGGCUGCAACAUCCCUGGAGCAUCUCAGCUUCCAACACUACUUCAGGGUGGCGGUAUUUGGGGCAUUGGGCGAGCCCGCCGGCGUCUAGAUGGCCUCAUCUCUUCCUUCCACAAACUGUCUAGAACCAAUAAAAGGAAACCUGCCAACC